GCACACGCCACAGUCCACGCACGCGCACAUUCCUGAAACGCACGCUCAGGAUUGUUUUUGUGGACCGACUCAGGUAUCCGCGGAGUAUAAUCAGCCUCUGAGAUGUCCCAGCUCAGCGGGGAAAACAGUGCCCCAGAAAUGAGCGCAGUGAAUGGCGACAGCGACGUCUUGCAGACGGGAGUAGGCGGCAGGAGGCGGGCGCAGGAGCCGCAGGAAGGCCCAGUGGUGGAAGCAGCCCGCCCCAUGGCGAGGGUGCGGGGCUCGGUUCCCAGGCUGAUGUCAGUGCCCAGCCUCCACGGGGAGCUGGGCCUCAUAGGAUUUAAUCACCAGCGGUUAGUCCACCAGUACCUGAAUAAUUCCCCCAUGAUCCCAGUCAGGAUACUCCGCGACAUCGAGGAACGCCGCAGGCAGUUUGUGGAAGGCUGCAGGGCCAGAGAAGCAGCCUUUGAUGCGAAUCCCCCGGAGAUGGACUCCGAGGCCGUAGCUUUCGCCCUCGCUGUGACUGCCGCGGAGGCCGGCAGUCCUCUGGCCGACUGAGUUGGCAAUCAGGUGGGUGGCAAGGAGGUCAGGUGAAAAGGCGAAGACAGGCUUGCGCAGACCUAGUUAGUUGGUCGUUAGAGGGGAAAUGCAAGCUUCGAAGAAAAUACUGCAGUGCGCAGUGAAACGCGGAAACGGCCAGAAAAAGAAAUCGAAGGGCACCCGAGACUGUUGGACGCUGCUUCCUAAGAGGUGCCAGGACACUUAGGACAUCACUUUGUGAGUUAGGCAUCCUUCAGCGUUUGUGGGAACUCUUAGAACAGUUUCAUCAUAAAGAAUGGUUUUCCAAAGAUACAUAGUAAAAAAAAA